AUGCAACGUGCGGGAAGUGGAAAACAAAGCAGUAUAUUGGAUAAAUCGUUGAGCAGAGGCAAAGCAGAGAUAAAUUUCUCUUCAUUUGCCUUAUUAUUUGCGGAAAUGAUACGAUAUGCGAAUAAUCGAUCCAAUACAGUUAGCGAUCUGCAAGAUAAACUUUUAGGUUAUGGGAAAUUUGUUGGAAGCCGAUUAUUAGAUGUCAUCGUAUUGCGAGAGAAAGGUUACAGGCGUGAAACUAAAUUAUUGAACAUGUUAAUGUUUGUCAAGGGAACUAUCUGGAAGAAUUUGUUUAACAAGGAAGCUGAUAAACUAGAACGAAGUAAUGACGAUCCAUGCCAAUAUUUAUUGAUUGAAAAAGAGCCUAUUGUGAAUACUUACAUAUCCGUUCCGAAAGAUAAAGGAAAUUUGAACUGUGCAUCAUUUAUUGCUGGUAUCAUUGAAGCAGUUUUGGAGGCAAGCAACUUUCCAUGUAAAGUUAGCGCACAUUGGCAUGAUGGUACCACUUAUAUAAUUCAGUUCGAUAAGCUUGUUAUUGCACGAGAAAAUGCACUGUUGGAAUUAACGCGAUAA